AUGUCCGAUAACCCAAGUGUUAUUCUUAAAAGGAUUAAUGAGAUUGUCAUAGAAGAUAGACCAAUUCCAGCCAUUGAGGAUCCUCACUAUGUGAAAAUAGCAAUCAAGAAGACCGGAAUUUGUGGUAGUGAUGUCCAUUUCUACACAGAUGGAUGCUGUGGAUCAUUCAAACUUGAGUCACCGAUGGUUCUUGGGCACGAGUCUGCGGGAAUUGUCGUUGAAGUUGGCUCCGAGGUUAAGUCGCUUAGGGUGGGUGACAAAGUUGCUUGUGAACCGGGUAUCCCGUCUCGUUACAGCAAUGCCUAUAAAUCAGGACACUACAAUUUGUGUCCAGAGAUGGCGUUUGCUGCUACUCCACCUAUUGAUGGUACCCUAUGUCGCUACUUUUUACUUCCUGAAGAUUUCUGCGUCAAGCUUCCUGAACAUGUGUCAUUAGAGGAAGGUGCAUUAGUAGAACCUUUGAGUGUUGCUGUCCAUGCUGCAAGACUUGCGAAGAUUACCUUUGGAGACAGUGUAGUAGUUUUUGGAGCUGGNCCUGUUGGUCUGCUGGUUGCUGCUACGGCUAGAGCUUACGGCGCAACCAACGUUCUCAUCGUGGAUAUUUUCGAUGAUAAACUGACACUCGCAAAGGACACCUUACAAGUGGCCACGCAUAGUUUCAACUCAAAGAAUGGUAUGGAUAAUCUUUUGGAAUCAUUUGAAGGAAAGCAUCCAAACGUUUCCAUUGAUUGUACUGGAGUUGAAUCGUGUAUUGCGGCAGGUAUCAAUGCACUGGCUCCAAGGGGAGUGCACGUUCAAGUCGGAAUGGGAAAAUCCGAAUAUAACAACUUCCCAUUGGGACUUAUAUGUGAGAAGGAAUGUAUCGUAAAGGGUGUUUUCAGAUACUGUUACAACGAUUACAACUUAGCAGUUGAACUGAUAGCUUCAGGAAAAGUCGAAGUGAAAGGAUUAGUAACCCACAGGUUCAAAUUUACCGAAGCAGUAGAUGCCUAUGAUACUGUUAGGCAAGGUAAGGCUAUCAAGGCUAUCAUUGACGGCCCAGAGUAA